GCGAGCGUCGAUGAGUUCAACCAAGGCACGAUUCUCUCAAUACGAGCAAGACCGCGCACGCAUAACAUCCCCGAACGAACCAUCCGUCGACGCCUCACUGGUAUACAAGAUCGACGUACCACUCACGCACACGAGCAGCGACUGGCUCCACGACAAGAG